GGGCCCCCUGGAAAUGUUUGCAUAGACAGACUGUAGAAACGCCACUAAGAACAUCAUGUUGGUGUGGAAAAAACUCUAUUAGGCCACUUGGUUUUCCUGAAAUAGAAAAGUUAAGUUUCGUUUCUCCCUCGCAGCUCAGAGCCCAGCCCACUGGAGUUUCAUGAUGGCGGCGAUGGACCAGAGUCCGUUUUCUCUGUUGAGUCUGGAGGAAGAGCUGAGCUGCAGCAUCUGUCUGUGUCCCUUUGACUGCCCGGUGACCAUCCCCUGCGGACACAACUUCUGCCAGGACUGCCUCCUCGCCAGCUGGAAGGACUCUUACAGCUGUCCUCAGUGUCGGACCCACUUCCCCACCAAACCGGAGCUGAAGAAAAACACGGUCCUCAGCACCCUCGUGGAGACCUUCAACCUGCGGACGACCAAGAGCGAGGCCGACCUGGGGACAGCAGAGGACAGCCAAGCGGAGAGCCAGGAUGUCAUACGCUGUGAUACAUGUAUGGAAGCAGAAGCGGCGCAGACCUGCCUCACCUGCAUGGCCUCUUUCUGCGAGGAGCACCUGCGGCCUCACCGGGAAAACCCAAGAUUUAGAGUCCACCAGCUGAGUGAGCCUGUCGGCGACCUGUCCGAGCGCAUCUGCCCGGACCACCACAAGCUGAUGGAGCUCUUCUGCAGCCAGCAUUGCCGUCCCAUCUGCAGCCUCUGCCUCCAGCUGGUCCACAAAGGCUGCUCCUUUAUGUCCCCGGAGGAGCAGAGGAACCUGAAAGAGUCCGACCUCAGAGAAAAGUUGGGUUUGCUGAAUGGAAAGAUUGAGAAAACAGAGACUUUAAUGUUUCAGAUGAAUAACACGCAGAGCAAGCUGAAGGAUGCAGCCACAAAAAGAAAGACAGCAUUGGCAGCUGUGUAUCAGCAGAUCCGGGAUAUGUUGGUCCAAGAAGAACAGAACGCCCAACAUGAGGUGGACAGCGAGCUGGAGAUUGGCCAGACGAAACUUCAGGACCACAUGAAGAGGUUGACUGUGAAUACUGAGAAGAUGACAAAAGCCAGAGAAUCCAUCAACAAUCUGCUGAGUCAAUCCCAAACCAUGGCCUUUCUACAGGCUUCAUUUAACUUACCGAAGGCUGUAAAGUUUGACCCUCACAUGCCUCAAGUCAACCUGGACUCUAAGAAGGUGACAGCAUCACAAGCCUGCUCUGCUGCUCUGAAGCAGCACCUGGCAGAGAUCCUCAAACAGCCUGUUGAGGCCCGACUGCUGACAUUUAAACCAGAGCAAAAAGCAGAGACUGUCUCAGGACCUGCAACUAAAAGUACUGGAUCUCAGCCGGAAGAUAUAACCAAGCCUCCAAAGCAGAGAAGAGCGCCGAGGUCCCGCAGUGUGGGUCGUCCACCCAUCCAGCCAUUACUCAUGCCUUUUAAUGUGCCCAUUAAUUCUUUUAUGGGCACACACACAGGCUGGCAUUGGAAUCCUCCAUACAUGGCAGGACAACAGACAAAACAGGACAGAAGGCCGCCACACAAUGCACCAGGAGGAUAUAAGCCAAAUAUGAAAGGAAACCAGUAAACACAGAAGCCAUCAGAGAAAUCAACUACAAGUUACACACAGCCUUAUCAAAAUGACUUCUAAUGUGGAGAUUAUUGAUCAUCACUUCACAUGACAGGGAAGGGCACUAUUGUGAGGCUUAAAUAAAUGGCAUACACACACAUACACAGAGCCAGCAUUUGGUGUUUUUCACUUGGAAUAAUAAUCGUUAUAGAUAGGUACUGUAUAUUUUUUAAUGAGAAUAUGUGUAUGUGUAAAUUAUGGAGAAUGGUAGCAAUUACAUUGUAAUGAACACCACAUUUCAAAGCCAUUCAACUCAACCUGUGGUAAAAUGUAAAUGAUAUCCCGCUAUUACAAUGUCAGUGUGAGCUUCUGGCUGCUGGGACAUCUAACUAGAGAUCAUAGCAGCAGUCAUUUUUAAUACAUCCACUUAAAACACAGACACAUGUGGCUUAUAUAUGAAAAUAUUUAUGGGAAUGUCUUUCAAUUCAAAAGAUCAUUACAUUCAGUUCAGUCAAAAUCCAUUUAACCAAAUCCUAUUUUUGUAAACAGCUAUGAUUACAUGAUUGUUACCAAUAAAAGCUUGUUUUCUCCCAAAAA